AUGCCUGGUGGAGCAGUCAUCUCCGAGCCAGUCGACGACUCGCGCGUCGAGGCUCCGGUCACAUUCAAGGCCUACUUGAUGUGUGCCUUUGCCGCCUUUGGUGGUAUCUUCUUUGGUUAUGAUUCCGGUUACAUCAACGGUGUUCUCGGUAUGGAGUACUUCAUUCAUGAAUUCGAAGGUCUUGAUCGCGCUACUACCCCUGAUGACCAGUUCGUCAUCCCCUCUUCCCGGAAGUCCCUCAUCGUUUCUAUUCUCUCGGCUGGUACUUUCUUCGGUGCCAUCAUCGCCGGUGAUCUGGCUGAUUGGUUUGGUCGUCGGAUUACUAUCAUCGCUGGUUGCGCCAUUUUCAUCGUCGGUGUCGUCUUGCAGACUGCCUCUACCAGCAUUGGACUUCUCGCUGCCGGUCGUGUCAUUUCUGGUUUCGGUAUCGGUUUCGUCUCCGCUAUCAUCAUUCUCUACAUGUCCGAGAUCGCACCCCGCAAGAUCCGUGGUGCACUCGUCUCGAGUUACCAGUUCUGCGUCACCAUUGGUUUGAUGCUGGCGUCGUGCGUGAACUAUGGCACUCAGAACCGUACCGACAGUGGGUCGUACCGCAUUCCCAUUGCCCUCCAGAUGCUCUGGGCUCUCAUUCUGGGCCUUGGACUGUGCCUGCUGCCCGAGUCCCCUCGAUUCUACAUCCGUAAGGGUCAAAAGGAUAAGGCUCGCACUGUGUUGGCCCGUAUUCGCGGCCAGCCCGAGAAUUCCGACUUUGUUGAGAGCGAGCUGAAUGAGAUUGACGCCAACAACCAGUACGAACUGAUGGCGAUCCCUCAGGGUGGUUACUUCAGCACCUGGCUCAGCUGCUUUACUGGAAGCCUUUGGCACCCCAACAGCAACAUUCGCCGUACUAUCCUGGGUACCUCUCUGCAGAUGAUGCAACAGUGGACUGGUGUUAACUUCAUUUUCUACUUCGGAACCACUUUCUUCACACAGCUUGGCACAAUUGAUGAUCCCUUCCUGAUCAGCAUGAUCACCACCAUCGUCAAUGUCUUCUCCACCCCCAUCUCCUUCUACACCAUUGAGAAAUUCGGACGUCGUCCUUUGCUUCUUUGGGGUGCCCUAGGUAUGGUUAUCUGCCAGUUCAUUGUCGCCAUCAUUGGUGUCACCGAUGGCCAAAACAGCAAGGCUGUCAGUGCAAUGAUCGCUUUCAUUUGCAUCUACAUCUUCUUCUUCGCCAGCACCUGGGGCCCCGGCGCUUGGGUCGUCAUCGGUGAAAUCUACCCUCUGCCCAUUCGGUCCCGCGGUGUUGCCCUCUCCACCGCUUCCAACUGGCUCUGGAACUGCAUCAUCGCAGUCAUCACUCCUUACAUGACGGAUGCCGAUAAGGGUAACCUUGGCGCCAAGGUGUUCUUCAUCUGGGGCUCGCUGUGCUCCUGCGCCUUUGUCUACACCUACUUCCUCAUUCCCGAGACCAAGGGUUUGACUCUGGAGCAGGUUGACAAGAUGAUGGAAGAGAGCACCCCUCGCACUUCCGCCAAGUGGAAGCCUUCCACCACCUUUGCUGCCGAGAUUGGAAUGGAUGAGAAGGCUGCUCAUUUGCCCAGUGUGACUCAGCAGGAGGUCUAA